AUGUCCGCCGCCCCCACCUCACCCCCCUCUUUCGCCGCGACGCGUCCGAUCAACCCUCCCGGCGCUGAGCCUCGUCUGACCAAGGGGGAGGUGUGGAAAGCGUUGACGAUCAAGACGAGGGAACCCAAGGUCUGUCGAUGGCGACGGUCGUGAAGGAGCUGCAGUGUGCUGUGCAAUGAGGGCUCCGAGCUGAUUAGUAGAUCCGACUCCGUCCGCUGCUCUCCAUCGCUUCAAACAACAGGAGUUCGUGCCCAUGAUUCAUUCGUGCGACGUCGUCAAGGAGGAAGGCAACAAGGUGUGUCUAAGUCUUGACGGCCUCCACAAAGUGAUGUUCUGCUGACCCCACCGACGACCGUCCCCUCCGAGGAGUUCAUCAGAUCACCCGCCACGUCAAAUUUGGCUCUGCCUCCUCUCCGACCACAAUCGAAGAAUGCACUCUCUACGAACCCACGAUCGUCUACUUUGAUAUGACGACCGCGCCCCACGGUCACAUCAUCAACCUCAUCUCGCAUGACCCUCAAGGCGAAUUGCAGUUGACCUACUCCUUCUCGAAUGGGGUUCCGACUUUGUCCAAGGAAGAUGUCGAUAACGUCGACAAGGCGAACAAGGUCAUCGGUGAUUUGGUGCAGCAUUCGAUCGAUACAAUGAGAAAGUUACACAAGGAGGGAAGACUGUGA